AAGCAGACACCAGCACUGCUCUUUCUUCAAGACGGCCAGCCGGCCCUGCUCUCCUCUGCCAGUCUCCUCCUCCACUCUCUAUCCCAAGAGCCUGUGGAACCUGCCCGUCUCCCCUCCUCCAUCAGACGCACCUGUCUAGGAAACAGGAAAGGACCUCGGAAGCCUUCUAAGGAGAGUCAUGGCAUAUAACCAGGAGCCUUCAGUGGAGACCUCCAUCAUCAAGUUCAAAGACCAGGACUUUACCACCUUGCGGGAUCACUGCCUGAGCAUCGGUCAGAUGUUUAAGGAUGAGACAUUCCCUGCAGCAGAUUCUUCCAUAGGCCAGAAGCUGCUCCAGGAAAAACACCUCUCCAAUGUGAUGUGGAAGCGGCCACAGGAUUUACCAGGGGGUCCUCCUCACUUCAUCCUGGAUGGUAUAAGCAGAUUUGACAUCCAACAAGGAGGCGCAGCUGACUGCUGGUUCCUGGCAGCACUGGGCUCCUUGACUCAGAACCCACAGUACAUGCAGAAGAUCCUGACGGUCCAAAGCUUUUCACACCAGUAUGCCGGGAUUUUCCGUUUCCGGUUCUGGCAAUGUGGCCAGUGGGUGGAAGUGGUGAUUGAUGACCGUCUACCUGUCCAGGGAGAUAAGUGCCUCUUUGUGCGUCCUCGCCACAAAAACCAAGAGUUCUGGCCCUGCCUGCUGGAGAAAGCCUAUGCCAAGCUGCUCGGAUCCUAUUCCGAUCUGCACUAUGGCUUCCUCGAGGAUGCCCUGGUGGACCUCACGGGAGGCGUGAUCACCAACAUCCAUCUGCACUCCUCCCCUAUGGACCUGGUGAAGGCAGUGAAGACAGCGACCAAGGCAGGCUCCCUGAUUACCUGUGCCACUCCAAGUGGAUCAACAGAUACAGCACAGGCGAUGGAGAAUGGGCUGGUGAGUCUGCACGCCUACACCGUGACUGGGGCCGAGCAGAUUCAAUACAGAAGGGGCUGGGAAGAAAUUAUCUCCCUGUGGAACCCCUGGGGCUGGGGCGAGACUGAAUGGAGAGGGCGCUGGAGUGAUGGGUCUCAGGAGUGGGAGGAAACCCGUGACCCGCGGAAAAGCCAGCUACAUAAGAAACAGGAAGAUGGAGAGUUUUGGAUGUCAUGUCAAGAUUUCCAACAGAAAUUCGUCUCCAUGUUUAUAUGUAGCCAAAUUCCAAUUACCCUGGACCAUGGAAAUACACUCCACGAAGGAUGGUCCCAAAUAAUGUUUAGGAAGCAAGUGAUUCCGGGAAACACUGCAGGAGGACCUCGGAAUGAUGCUCAAUUCAACUUUUCUGUGCAAGAGCCAAUGGAAGGCACCAAUGUUGUCAUCUGCAUCACAAUUGCUGUCACGCCACCAAAUUUGAAGGCAGAAGAUGAGAAACUUCCACUCAAUUUGCAAGUGAUUCCGGCUGGCUCACAGAGAUUCCGGGAGAAAUUUCCACCCGUGUUUUCUUCCCCGUUCGGAAACGUUGUCCAAAGCUCAAAUAAUAAAUUCCACCGCAACUUCACUGUGACCUGCCAUCUGAGCCCUGGGAACUAUGUUGUGGUCGCACAGACGCGGAGAAAAUCAGUGGAGUUCUUGCUCCGAAUCUUCCUGAAAACGCCAGACAAUGACAGGCACCUGAGCCGCCAUUUCAACCUCGGAAUGGAGGGAAGCCCUUCAGAACAUGGCUCCCAACCAAGCAUUUUCAACAGAUACGCUCAGCAGAGGCUGGACAUUGAUGCCACCCAGCUUCACAGCCUUCUCAACCAGGAGCUUCUGACAGGACCUCCAGGGGAUAUGUUCUCCUUAGAUGAGUGCCGCAGCUUGGUGGCUCUGAUGGAACUAAAAGUGGAUGGGCGGCUAGACCAAGAGGAGUUUGUGCGACUGUGGAAGCGCCUUGUUCAAUGCCAGCAUGUUUUCCAGAAGGUUCAGACAAGCCCUGGAGUCCUCCUGAGCUCGGACUUGUGGAAGGCCAUAGAGAAUACAGACUUCCUCAGAGGAAUCUUUGUCAGUCGUGAGCUGCUGCGUCUGGUGACCCUCAGGUACAGCGACAGCGUCGGCAGGGUCAGCUUCCCCAGCCUGGUCUGCUUCCUGAUGCGGCUUGAAGCCAUGGCAAAGACUUUCCGCAACCUCUCCAAGGAUGGAAAAGGACUCUACCUGACAGAAACGGAGUGGAUGAACCUGGUCAUGUACAACUGAAGCAAAGAGGAAAGCAGACCCCACGGCUCAGGACAAGCUCCCAGUGAUCACUCAAGAAUCUCUCAUUCUAAGAGGCUGUUCUGCCCACUGUGGUUGUGAUACAUCUAAACUGGCCCUGUGUGAAACGGAGUCCAAGCUGUCUUCCAACAGCCUGGGUUCGGUCCUUGGCUGGCCCAGGCCCUGGUAAGCCUGUGGCCACCAAGCAGCUUAUCUGAGCACUUUGGGAUGUGCUCAGCCUACAUUGCCCUGGAAAAUGAAGAAGGAGAUGUCUCCCUGUGGGAAAGGAGAAGAGAAGUUGCCUCUGAGUCCCCUGUCACCAGUUGGAUUCACUUCUUGGAAGAGCCAAAAUGAGCCAGUUUGCCCACCCUCGGGUGCUAUGGGUGACACGGGAGCUGUCCACUGGGUGUUUGCAGAAUAAUUACACUAUCUUAUAUCUGAAUCCUGAUGAUUUCACAGCUAAAUGGCAAAAAUAAAACAUGUUUCCCAUAAA